UUUACAAAAGUGUUAUGUCUGAUUAAACCUUCCCUAGUUUAUAAACAUUUGAAACAUUAAAUCGUGAUAUCCAUGUUCUGUUAAACGGUUAACAUUCCACAUUGUGACUUGUUGUAAAUAUUUCGUUUUCCUUUGGGGACGUUUGUUCGUGGGGUGGAACAAAAUCGUCAAAGAUUGACUCCGUGUGGGGUUGGGCUUCGCCCCCGCUGCGUUUGCAGCUGGGUAACGCACGCGGCCACAAAAGAUAUUCUGUUUUAACCCAGGAUGGGUGAGGGCGGAUCCCCAGGUGGCGCGCGGCUGUCCCACACCUCGGAGAAACAUCCGCGCGCCAUACUCGGCGAACUCUCCGCACUGCGACGUCAUCGUGAGCUAUGCGAUGUCGUGCUCAACGUUGCUAACAGGAAACUCUUUGCUCACAGAGUAAUCCUAUCAGCAUGCAGCCCGUACUUCCGAGCGAUGUUCACUGGGGAACUGGCCGAGUCUCGCGCCACCGAAGUCACGAUCCGGGACGUGGACGAGCAGGCCAUGGAGCAGCUCGUGGAGUUCUGCUACACCGCGCACAUCGUCGUCGAGGAGAGUAACGUGCAGGCCCUGCUCCCGGCUGCGUGCCUGCUGCAGCUGCAAGAGAUCCAGGACGUGUGCUGCGAGUUCCUCAAGCGUCAGCUGGACUGCUCCAACUGCCUCGGCAUCAGAGCCUUCGCCGACACCCACUCGUGUCGGGAACUGCUCCGGAUCGCCGAUAAAUUCACACAACAGAACUUCCCAGAGGUGAUGGAGAGUGAAGAGUUCCUACUGCUGCCCGCCUCGCAGCUGAUCGACAUCGUGUCCUCGGACGAGCUGAACGUUCGCUCGGAGGAGCAGACCUUCCAGGCCGUCAUGUCCUGGGUCAAGUACAACGUGGCCGAGCGGCGGCAGCACCUGGCGCAGGUGCUCCAACAUGUCCGACUGCCGCUGCUGAGUCCCAAGUUCCUGGUGGGCACAGUCUCCUCGGAGCUGCUGAUCCGCUCCGACGACGCCUGCCGCGACCUGCUGGACGAGGCCAAGAACUACCUGCUGCUCCCGCAGGAGCGUCCGCUCAUGCAGGGACCUAGGACCCGGCCCAGGAAGCCUACCAGGCGAGGCGAGGUGCUGUUCGCGGUGGGCGGCUGGUGCUCCGGGGACGCCAUCGCGUCGGUGGAGCGGUUCGACCCGCAGAGCGGCGAGUGGAAGAUGGUGGCGCCCAUGUCCAAGCGGCGCUGCGGCGUGGGCGUGGCCGUGCUGCACGACCUGCUGUACGCAGUGGGCGGCCACGACGGACAGAGCUACCUCAACAGCAUCGAGCGGUACGACCCGCAGACCAACCAGUGGUGCGGCGCCGUCGCGCCCACGUCGUCGUGCCGCACGUCCGUGGGCGUGGCCGUGCUGGAGGGCGCGCUGUACGCCGUGGGCGGGCAGGACGGCGUCCAGUGCCUCAACCACGUCGAACGGUACGACCCCAAGGAGAACCGCUGGACCAAGGUCGCGCCCAUGACCACGCGGCGUCUGGGCGUCGCCGUGGCAGUGCUGGGUGGACAUCUGUACGCCGUGGGCGGCUCCGACGGGCAGGCGCCGCUCAACACCGUGGAGCGGUACGACCCGCGGCACAACAAGUGGACGCCCGUGGCCCCCAUGUCCACCAGGAGGAAGCACCUGGGCUGCGCCGUGUUCGACGGGCAGAUCUACGCCGUGGGGGGCCGGGACGACUGCACCGAGCUGUCCUCCGCCGAACGAUACGAGCCCAGCACGGACUCGUGGGCGCCCGUGGUGGCCAUGACGUCGCGCCGGUCGGGCGUGGGGCUCGCCGUGGUCAACUCGCAGCUCUACGCCGUCGGGGGCUUCGACGGGACCGCCUACCUCAAGUCCAUCGAGGUGUUCGACCCGGAAUCGAACCAGUGGCGGCUGUGCGGCGCCAUGAACUACCGGCGGCUCGGCGGCGGCGUCGGCGUCAUGCGCUCGCCGCACCACGACACGCACUACAUCUGGAACCGAAAAGAUUCAGUGGUGUAACCUGCCCCCGGCCCCGUGGCGCGCGGCUGCGGGGGACGAGCUUCGAACGAAACUUACUUUGAACUUUGAUCGGUCAACAAUACAGCGUCUGGUUUUCAAAUAUUUCGGUGUUCGACGAGUCUACUGCGGUUUAUUUAUUCAAUACUGGUGCGCUACGUAGGCCGCGCUACGUUGACUGCGCUACGCAUAUCCGGCUACGUCGCGUGUGCUACGCCAUCGCGCUACGUCGCAGCGCUACGUCGGGCGCGGCACUAGGUCGCAGAGAAAAGACAGCUCAAGGCUCGGAUAGAGAUAAUUGGCUUAUUUUUACUUAUAUAUUAUGUAAUUUAUAAGCAGUACAAUUGCAGCAGUUGGGAAAAAGUAACGGAAGUGUUUGAUUGAACUCGAGGUGUGUGUGUGUGUGCGUGUGUGUCGCGACGGUAGCCCUGUUUAUUUGAAAAUCACUUGUUCGUAUCGCGAGUCUGAUAGUCGUGUGCGACCUUUUGGUUCUGACGGGACGAAUUGUUUUAGUUAUAAAAUGGAGCAUCCUGUAUGUGAAACGUCACUCAUAACUGUUAUUAGUAUUAUUAUUAAAUUUUAUUGUUAAAAAUAAAGCAUGUAUAAUUAAUUGACUAUUUAUAAAUAAAUGAAAUGAAAAGGAAACACAUUUUAAAUAG